AUGACGCCGAGUCUGGGAAAUAAUGCUGCACUAUUUAACAAUGAGAACCCGGAUAUCAAGGUUCAAUCUGCAGAUGGUGUCAUCUUUGAGCUACACCGAGCGAUGCUGUCUGCGCACACUGGCUCUUUUCCAGGAUCUGAAAUUGAAGUAGCUGGAGAACCUGUCAAGCUGACAGAAUCUGCCGACGUGCUUCGCAUCUGCUUCGACUUUAUAUAUCCCAAGAGGCAUCCAGAUCUCGAGGAUGUAGAAGAUUUUGAGCUGCUUGCAGCUGUAGCAGAGGCCGUUGGAAAAUACGAGAUAUUUUCUGCGGUGAACACUUGUAAUACACGGCUCAGGGCAUUUCUUCCAUCUCACCCAAUCGAGAUUUUUGUCAUUGCUGUCAAACACGAUCAUCCCAGGCUUAUGAACGAAGCUGCGCAUUGCCUUGCGCGCUCCUCGUUUACCUCAGUACUUAAACAGUUGCCCCAUUCGUUUAUGGUACAAUGGUCGAUGUAUCGCGACGCUUGGACAGCUGUUUUCAAGGACUCCGUCAAGCACAUCACUCAAAUAGAACAUUGUUCCAAGACUUACUGCCAUGAACACGAGAACAGAAUUUUUGGCAGCCAGGGACCCACUGGAUUGGAGGUCUCCAGAAUAUGCUCCACUUGCAGGUCGCUGUUAUAUGCGUGGAUUGCGAAGCUGGAAGAAAUCGAUUCAGUGGAUGUUCUUGAUAAGACGAUUGAGUCUGCUUGCGAUAAAAAUAUCCGACUGCCUGGAUGCUGUGCUGCCAUAGAAAGGAUGCACACUAUCAAAGCCAGGCCCGAUUUCAAAUGCACUCAUAUCAUAAACCUCGCCAAAAUAUGUCGGGCACGCAUACUUGAAAUUCGAUCCUUUGACUCUUUUAUUCCAAGUAGUCUCAUUGAUGCCUAG